CUUGAUAAUGUUCGCAUUAUUUACAUAUUCAUUAUUUUAAUUAUUUAUGUUUAUAAGAAAAACAUCAGAAGAGAAGAUAUUGAUAAGAUUAGAGUGAUUAGGGUGAAUUCUGUUCUCAUUUUUCAACUAAACCAGAGUUAUUAGAUCGUUCAUUGUCACAUUGUAAAAUUGAUGCUAUAGUUGAAAGCAUUUGGAUGAGUGUUAUUAGUAAUAGUUGAUCGUUGCUCCAAAUAGUAUAUGUACAGUAUUUUAUGGUUUAUAUUCCAAAAAAUAUAAUUAAAAAUAUUGUUGUAUCACCGGUGUUUUCGUAAUGCAGAAUUCAGAUAAUAGUAGUGCAGAUCGUGGAGAUGCGGAAAAGGUUUUGGCUAUGUGUGCUUUAGGUGUUGGUAGCUUAUUGUUUGGAAUGUUUCCUGCAGUUAUUUCGGAACAGAAUCGUCGACGUUUUCCUCUAACUUUAUCAUUAUUGUUAUGCUUCGGAGCUGGUGUACUUUUGGCUACUGCUCUAGUUCAUAUUUUGCCAGAAGUACGCAAACAAAUGGAUUCAAACUUUGCGGAAAUAACAAUUUGUGGAGGAUUUUUUUUAAUAUAUUUUAUUGAUGAAUUCAUACAUUACUUUUUUGGUGAAGCUUUACAGCACACACAUUCUCAUUCCACUGUCUCCAUUAGAACCAACAAUCCCGGAAAUAGUAACUUGCUUUCGGACACUACCCCUCUUUUGAGUGAUAGACAUGAUCGUUAUGAAAAUAACCAUUAUUAUAGCUAUGGGGAACGGCAACAAAAUAAUUCUGUCAAUGAGUCAGCUCACCAACAUUUACAUCAUAACACAUCGCAUUGUGCAGAAGAAGCUGUUAUUGCUGAAUCGAAUGCACGAAUAUGUCAUACGAGUCAUGAAGAACCAUGUGCCCAGUCUAUGACUGGUACCUUGGGUCUUUUCGUGGCAUUAUGUUUACAUUCAGCGAUCGAAGGCCUCGCAAUCGGAGUUCAAAAUUCUUCCAGAAAGGUACUUUUUCUGCUCGGGGCCGUCGCAUGCCACAAGUUCGUUAUGAGUUUCUGUUUAGGAUUAGAGUUGCGCUCAAAUUCACAAACAAGCCUUCGCCAAUAUUUUAUCGGCAUAGCAGUGUUUGCAUUGGGAGCUAUUGGUGGCAUUGGAGUAGGCAUGAUCGUAGUCGAUGUUCCUUCGAAUUGGUCGACUGCUGCGCUACCAAUUGUACAAGCUCUCGCUGGUGGUACGCUUUUUUAUGUAACCGUGUGCGAGGUUAUACCAAGAGAAAAAUCUCGUUGGCAUCAAAACGCUACACGAAAAGCAGCUGGAUUUGCACAAUUCUUGGCAGUUAUCGGUGGCUUCGCUUUAAUGUGUUUAAUUAACUAUUUCCUGGAUGACGACGAUAGCUAGUAGAAGUUUUCAACUAUAACUAAUUUCUGAUGCUAAUCUCCAAUAUUUUUGUCUGGCUAUAAAGCAAUAGAAGGUCGUGAUUUUAUAAAUAUGUAUUUAUUGUAGUAGCAUAUGUAGAUACGUAUUAAUAAAUUUAUUUUACACUCACUGUUUAACGAAAUUUAAUGAAUU